UAAACCCUUGAAAAAAAACAAAGCACCCUAAUAUUCUAUAUAAUCUUCUAUUGUCUGUCCCUACUCUCGGUCUCUGGUGAGAUAAGAGUAAGAAAGAAAGAAAAAUUCAUCACCACACACACAAACACAAACCCUCACUCAUCAAAAAUUGGUAUAGCAGUAGUAUUAUUCAUUCUGUAGUAAUCCUCAUCCUCAUCCUAUUUUGUAGUGUAAUGGAUAAAAGCUGUCAACAAUCCUCUUCAGACUCUACUACUACCUCUACUGAUACCAAUAACAAUAACAACUAUCUCAGACACCUCAAUAAGCUUUCUCACAAGAUCUCAAAACCACCCAUUCUCAAACCUCAAACCUCUUUUGACCACCCUAUUCCACCACCACAACAACAAAAUAAUAACAAUAAUAAUAAUAAUCCUCUACAACAAAACCCACAACAUCAACCACCAGUUUACAAUAUCAACAAAAAUGAUUUCAGAGAUGUUGUUCAAAAACUAACAGGUGCACCUACAAACGACCGUAUUUCAACACCACAACCUAUUCAACAACAACCUAAACAACAAAGCUCUCGUCUUCAACGUAUUCGUCCACCUCCGUUACCUCAUAUUACUAACCGUCCACCGCCGUUACUUAACGCUCCUCCUCAACUUCCACUACCCCAGCAUCAGCAAAAUAAUUUUAACUUUAAUUUUAACGCUGUUAAUUUUAAUCAGAAUUUUCCUGGUUUUGGUAGAGCUCCGGCGGCACCGUUAUCUCCGUUACCGCCAUUUCCCACUGUUCACGCUGCCGCUGAAUCUCCGAUUUCUGCUUAUAUGCGCGAUCUGCAGAGUUUUAAGGGUUUCUCUGGUUUUUCUCCGUUGCCUCUUCCUCCGGUUCCAGAAACCCAACAACAACAACAACAACAACAACAACAACAACAACAACAGCAGCAGCAAGAGCAGGAGCAGGAGAAUCAACCGCCGCCGCCACAGCCACAGCAAGAGGCUGUUCAGCCGGCUCCGGUGGCGGCUCAAUCGCAGUCGGCGUUUCAGAUGCCGUCUUCACCAGGUCCAUUUGGGUGUUUGAAUUCACAGCUUGCAUCUUAUCCUUUGUUGUCACCAGGUUUAUUGUUUUCCCCAAAUUCGGGUAAUUUAGGGUUUCCUCAACUUCCUCUUUCACCAACUGUGCCUGUACCAAGUCCAAGAUGGAGAGGAAUUUGACUUCAACUGAGGUAAGAAUCGUCCGAAUCAUGGUUUUUCGGCUUUGAUUUUGGGAUGUACAUGAUGAUGGUGGUGGUGGUGGAAAGGGAAUUUAUUGAAUUUGUGGUGGUUGGACUGAAAAACUAGUUAGUCCAUUCUACUGCUUAGUUACUACUAGUUUAUUUUAUUUAUUGUGUAAAUGGGGUAUCAAAGACAGAUGAAAAGAACAAUUUUGCAAUUGUUUUUUGCUCUUUUUGGAUAUUUUGGGGGGAGGGGAUCAGAAAAACAGGAAUUAGAUGUUAUUAUACAAAUAUAGUGGGAUUAUCAUGCUGUUUUUAAUUUACAAAAACUAUAUUGUUAUUGGCAUUUUCUUUUGUUAAUUAACCAUGUUUUUUUUCUUCAAA